AUGUACAAACACCUAUCCCGCCUACCAUGCCAGUCAAAAACGACCGCAGUAGCACCCAGUAGCCGACGCUAUCUACAAACCAAAAAACAACACUCCCUACCAGCAGCAUACUACCGCGGCGGCACCUCGCGCGCCGUCUUCUUCAAACAAGAACACCUACCCCCAAACAAAAAAUACUGGGCCCCGAUAUUCCGCAGUGUAAUCGGCAGUCCGGAUCCCCAUGGGCGCCAACUAGACGGCUUAGGAGGUGGCCUAUCCAGCCUGUCGAAGGUGUGCGUAGUCGGCGCCUCGACACAUCCCUCAGCCGACGUCGACUACACCUUCGUUUCCCUCGGCAUCAAGAACACCGACGUCGACUAUUCCAGUAAUUGCGGGAACAUGAGUUCGGCCGUCGGUCCCUUCGCCGUCGACGCACAUGUCUUCCCCUUACAAAACCCCGAUUCAGCCUCGGUACGCAUCCACAACACCAACACAGGCAAGAUAAUUCACUCUUCCUUCCCUGUUAUCGACGGCGAGGCAGCGGCUAGCGGUGACUUCGCUAUAGACGGCGUUGCUGGUACAGCAGCUCGCGUCCGAUUGGACUUUAUCAACCCCGCCGGCUCGGUUACGGGGAAACUACUGCCUACUGGCAAUGUGGUCGAUACCAUUGACGGGAUCAGAGCUACGUGCAUUGAUGUCGGGAAUCCGUGUGUCUUUGUGCAGGCGAUUGAGCUUGGUGUGAGUGGGAACUUGACUCCUGAUGAGAUGACUGCUCAUCCUGAUUUGCUGUCGCGCUUGGACUCUAUUCGUCGGCAGGCGGGUGUUAAGAUGGGUAUUGCGGAUGAGAUGGCGAAGGUUCCGGGUAGUGUGCCUAAGAUUUGUGUUGUGGCUGCGCCUUCUACUGCUAGAGAUGGGCUGAGACAGACGUCUGCUGAGGUUGAUCUUUUGGCGAGAGCGCUUUCGGUUGGCCAGCCGCAUAAGGCGGUGCCGAUUACUGUUGCUUUGGCGCUUGCUGCUGCUGCUCGUGUGUCAGGGAGUACAGUUGCUGGGGUUGUGGAUGGGAAUCCUGUUGAUGGUGCUGGGAUUACGAUUGGGCAUGCCAGUGGGAAUUUGCUGGUUGGUGCUAAUUUUGAUGUAAAUGGAGAGUUAGAAUCUGCUACGGUGUUUCGUACAGCCCGUCGUUUGUUUGAGGGGCGUAUUUUCUGGAAGAAUGAUACCUAA